AUGGGAGAUGGCGCAAAUGUUUUCAACACAUUCAGUUUCAAUAAAUGGGCAGACGGCAAGCGCGAAGAGGAGAUAGACAAGGAAAGCAGACGCCGACGUGCUGAGCAGAUUAAACGGCUGAAAGAAAGGCUUCGAAAGGAGAGAGCUCUUAGAGAAGCGCAAGGAGACGGUGACCUAGAUUUGGAUGCUCUUAUUGAGGCUAUACAGAGAGGAGAACUUAUAAAUAUGCCUCAACAAACGGACGUGAUAGUACCGACUACGUCUGAAGAUUCAAGUCGUAGAAAAAGGGGAGUUCCGGAUUAUCUAUCGGACGACUAUAUUUUUAAUGAAAUUAAUCUCUACGCGAAUCGCUCCGUUGGGCUCAAUCAAGUUGCCGAAAAAUUUGAACACUCAAGCACUGGAGGAAAUGUGCCUCAAAUCGAUCCACUUUCUUGGAAAUUCAACAGACGCAACCAAAACAAUGAGAUUUUGGCUAAUGCUGAUACCAGAGUUGAACAACGACAGAAUAACUUCAAAUUUAAUAGAAUGAUUAAUGAAAUUCCAAAAUAA